AUGGCUGCCAGAACGCCCAUUGGCCCUUUCCGAGCGGGUCGUUUGGCCGUGAAUGCAUAUCGACACCAACUCAACCCCCGCUGGCUGUACCGAGCUGAAUCUACUCUAAGCAAACCCAAAAAUGAUCUGCCACCGCAUUCACUUCUGCCAAGCAUGGUGUUGUGGCGAUCCCUUCUGGUGGCUGCUAUCUCAUCCCAUCCAUGGCUGUUGACACCAGCGUUGAGGACCCUCUCUCUCCUAGCACAUCCUCGGGUGUCUCUUCUGGAUGUGGAUAAAAAUCCCAUACUACGAGGUAUCCUUAAGGAAACAUUUUACAACCAUUUCUGCGCCGGGGAGAAUGCUGCAGAAGUUACCGGUACCAUUGGCCGGAUCAAGCACAUGGGCUUCACAGGUGUCAUCCUCACAUAUGCUCGAGAAAUUGUGGUCGACGCUUCACCGCAACAUGCCAAUAAUCCCACAACAGCUGAAAAGAACUCAAAGGAGCAUACUGAAACGAGAAAAAGCUCUGAGAUCGAAGCAUGGAGACAGGGCGUUCUGGAGACGGUCGAAAUGGUACUCACUGGGGCAGGUCCCCAAGUCAUGCAUGCACUCUCCUCCUGUCAACCAUUGCCAGAACAGAUGAGUUUUGCUGUGCAAGAUGUGUGCAUUCGUGCCAUUGAGCGCAAUGCAUGCAUCUUUGUCGAUGCAGAACAGCAGUCAGUCCAAGCUGGUAUUGACGCAGUUGCUAUAGACUUGAUGCGCCGAUAUGAUGAGAACGGCAACUCUGUGGUAUAUAAUACUUAUCAAGCCUAUCUAAAGUCGACUCCUGGGACCGCCCUAUCACAUCUUGGCGUCGCAGAGAGGGAAGGGUUCACUCUGGGAGUGAAACUAGUCCGAGGCGCAUAUAUCAACUCCGAGCCACGCCAUCUGAUUAAUGACACGAACUCGAAGACGGACGAAACUUACAACGCAAUUGCAGCUGGACUUUUGCGCCGUCAGUACGGCCCCUUUGGUGUUGAGAGGCAGUUCCCCUCGACAGAGCUAUAUCUGGCUACACAUAACGAAGAAAGUGCUCUGGCAGCUGACUCAUUAUACAAGGAACGACGUACCACCGGGGAACCGACCACUAAGGUUCAAUAUGGACAAUUGCUGGGAAUGGCAGAUGAGGUCAGUUGUCGACUGUUGCAGCUCCGUGAUGACAGCAGCCAGGCGGCACGAAAAGAGUCUCCUGAAGUUUACAAAUGUCUAAGUUGGGGAGCCCUGGGGGAUUGUCUUUCUUACCUUCUACGCCGGGCAGUGGAGAAUCGGGAUGCGGUGGGGAGGACGAAGCAGGAAUACCUUGCUCUCAAGGUGGAAGUCAGGCGCCGGUCGAAGAAUAUGUUUACGCUACGGUCAUAG